UCAGCCAGCUGAGAGACUCACUCUCGGUGCCAUGGGAUGGUACUGGACAUCUGUUGGGGAACGGCUCGACGCUCCUCCUCCUCGUGGCGAAAAGGCGAUGGCUCCAUCUCAUCAUGAGAAUACCAUCUCAUCGUGUCAUCAAAAUGACCCCUGGACCAACCAGGUUUGCAUGUUCCUAUGCCAAAGACAUAAUAUCAACAUUUAAAUUGUUUUUCCCAGAUGACAUUAAAAAGAUUUUGAUUGGAAUGUCCAAUUUAGAGGGGAAACGAGUGUAUGGUAAAGCCUGGAAGAACCUGGACUGGACGGACAUACAGGCCUAUUUGGGUCUGUUGAUUCUGGCGGGCGUGUAUCGAUCCCACCAUGAGGCUUUGAGUAGCUUAUGGAACGGUGUGUCGGGAAGGGCAAUUUUUCCUGCUACCAUGACUUUGAAUAAUUUUAAGAUGAUGUCAAGGAUCUUCUGCUUUUAUAGAAGGGGUACAGGGCCUGGCCUACAGAAAGAUGACAAGCUGGCACCAGUAAGGGACAUCUGGGAAAAAUGGGUCCAACGCCUGCCGCUCUUGUACAAUCCAGGCCCGAGCGUCACUGUAGACGAGUGCCUGGUCCCUUUCAGAGGUCGCUGUCCCUUCAAACAAUACAUGCCGAGUAAACCGGGCAAGUAUGGAAUUAAAAUCUGGGCGGCGUGUGAUUCCAGCUCGAGCUACGCGUGGAACAUGCAGAUCUACACAGGCAAAGCUGCCGACAGAAAGCCAGAAAAGAACCAGGGAAUGCGUGUGGUCUUGGACAUGACAUCCGGUCUCCAGGGACACACCAUCACAUGUGACAACUUUUUCACCUCGUAUGCCCUCGGCGGGGAGCUGCUCCGAAGAAAAAUGACCAUGAUCGGAACAGUCAGAUCUUCUGUGGAUAGAAAUAAAUCCUACAUCGGAAGAAAUUAAAAGGACUCUUUCUGGAAGAGCCUGGUGACUCCCUUCAUGAAAAGGCACUCCCCACACACUAGCCUCUGAGAAAAUGGUAAAGAAAGCACAAGCAGGCUCUUCAGAAAAUGAAGCCUCCCCCAACCUGCCAUGUGCGAUAAAGUGAUGUAAGAGUGUGCAUGCUCUUAGGGAAACAAAGCCUCCCCCUCGCCGGUCUUAACAACAAGUAGAAAAUAUGUCAGGUCUGUGAAUCAAA